UUUCUUCUUCUCUUUCUCGCUCUCGCGCUCGCGCCUUAGUGGGCGGGGCUCUCUUCUCCGGAGCUUAUUGCGGCGGCGGCGGCGGCGGCUUGAGGUUCUGAGAAACAAUAAACACGAAUGACUACUUCCUGACCAAAGAUAGAUGCUAAUUGGAAAGAUCUACUGUGAUUUGCAGUUGGAUUAGUAGGACUUUUUGACAAUUGUUGCCUUUGGAGCUGGCAAGUUGCUGUCUCCAAGCAGAUAUCUACCAUUUCCUGCCUUGAUGCAAAACAGUACUUGAAUUGCAUCUGCCAUUCUCUGGUAUUUGUGGAAACGGAUUCUUUGCUGUGUAACAUACUAAAUACAGACAAACUAUUAUGUCUAAGAAGCAAAACCAUAAAGAUUCAUCAGGAUUUAUUUUUGAUGUACAGUCCAAUACUGUGAUGGCCCAAGGAGGUACAUUUGAGAACAUGAAGGAGAAGAUCAGUGCUGUAAGAGCAAUAGUUCCCAACCGAAGCAACAAUGAAAUUAUCCUGGUGCUGCAGCACUUUGAUAACUGUGUAGAUCGAACAGUGCAGGCUUUCAUGGAAGGCAGUGCCAGUGCAGUAUUGAAAGAAUGGACAGUAACAGGCAAGAAAAAGAACAAAAAAAAGAAAACCAAGCCAAAGCCUUCUGCAGAAUCAAGUGCCAGCCUUCGUGACCCUAGCAAGCCAACAUCUGCUGAAGAGGAACAGUCUGCAGCUUCAUUGGAGAAGGGUGGAAUCAAUGGUUACCAUGUCAAUGGCUCGGCCAAUGACACAGAGUCUGUGGACUCACUCAGCGAAGGCUUGGAUACACUUUCCAUAGAUGCCAGAGAGUUGGAAGAAAGUGAACCUGUUAUGCCUGAGGUGCCUGAUGUAGCAGCAACACUUGAGUUUAAAAAUGCAAUAACAGACUUCAGUCCAAAGUCUGCCACUAUGCGGUCUUCACAGAAUACCCAGUCUCCUAGAGUCCAGCCUGAAUUGCGGAGCCCUGGCAAGCCACUCUCCAGGCCUGUGUCAAGCAGCCAGUCGUCUGCUCCUUCAUCUCUGACAAUACUAGAUGAAGUCCCUGUGUCCUCUGGAAACAAAAAGCUAGGUUCCAAUAUUGAAAAAUCAGUGAAAGACCUUCAGCGCUGCACUGUUUCUCUGGCUCGAUAUCGUGUUGUUGUUAAAGAAGAAAUGGAUGCCUCUAUUAAGAAAAUGAAGCAGGCCUUUGCAGAGCUUCAGAGCUGCCUCAUGGAUCGAGAAGUAGCCCUCCUAGGUGAAAUGGACAAAGUGAAAGCAGAAGCAAUGGAAAUUCUAAGUAGUCGACAAAAGAAGGCUGAGUCAUUAAAGAAGCUUACUGAUGUAGCAGUCCGAAUGUCAGAAGAGCAGUUGGUGGAGCUUAGAGCUGACAUAAAGCACUUUGUUAGUGAGCGCAAAUACGAUGAGGAUCUUGGACGGGUGGCUCGCUUCACUUGUGACCUAGAUGCACUAAAAAGGAGCAUUGAAUCAUUUGGACAAGUUUCUCAUCCAAAGAACAGUUACUCAACCAGGUCACGAUGUAGUUCCAUUACUUCCACUUCUGUACCCAUAUCAAAUGAAUCCCCUCCUAUGGCAUGUGUCUCUGCCUCUGCACCGGGCCUUGUAGUGACCAAUAAGAAACCACCAUCCCCAGCAGAAACCCCUGGAAAUGCAACAAGCCGUCCAUAUCAACCCUACCGUGAGGGGUUCCAAGGUAAUAAAAGACCUGGUCAAGGUUACAGGCCCCAAGGACAACGCCAAAAUGGGCCUUCACACCCGAGUUCAAACCGAUACAGAAGUGGGCCUUGGUACCAGUCCAACUCCAGGUACCGGCCACCUCCUGGAAAUACAAACAACCUCAGCCAGACAUACUCCACAGGGACCAAUGGAACUGGUACUGGGUCUGAACCAAGUCCACUCACCUCGUCUACACAGGCAUGCUUGGCCCCCCUCAGCAAAGAAGCCAAGGCCCUGCCACAGCGGAAACCUAGAUCUAGCCAAUCUGAAGUGACCAGUUCUUGAGGACCAUGAAAUCUGCCACCUUCAAAACUGGAUAACAGGAUUGUAAGAAACACCUAGCUAGAUAUAUUAAGAAAGGAAAGUUUACACUCACUGUCCCUGUGCCACCUCUCUUCCCCAGUCAUUCCGUUCCAGGAAAGCAGCUUCCUAGUGCUUCUCCUGCCCUUGCUUCCUGCCAGCCAUGUGACACGGGUCAGGCUUUAGUGGAAAAUGCACACAUGCUGUCCAGGCAUGGCCUUGAGAAACCACACUGUGGCCAUCUCCUUUGCACUCUGUGGCUUCUCUUAUUCUGGUGCUAUCUUUAAUUGAUGGCAGGCUUGUAGUCUAAAAGGGAAAAAGGAGGGGAGAAGUCUUCCAAUAUUCCCAUCCCUAAAGCUUCUGCUCCUCCCCCAAUGCUGCUAGCCAGGCCUUACUCUGAACAGCAAAGCUAUUCAUGCUGGCAAUGAAAACCAAUUGCUGUGAUUUGUGAGACCAAACUGAAAAAUCCAGAUGGGAGGAGCCAUAGGAAACUGCUGGGAUUAUUACUUUCUUUUUUAUCUAAAUAC